CGCGCUCCUCCCGCCGAGGACGGGCUUCCUUGCGGCGGCCCAGGACGGGCUUCUCCUCCCACCGCCUGCGCUGAUCUCCCGCGAGCAGGGGCGCUGUCGUCCUCGCAAUGCCAAUGCAAACUGUCGAAAAAACCAAUGCUGUGAAAGUUGCUCAUUCUGAAGAUAAUAGUGAAAAUACAGAUGGAUCAGAUUCAUCAGAUGCAGUUGAGUGGGACCCAUGGAACCCUCCAUAUCCUCCUCGUCCUGCUUUUCCACCGACGGCAGACUUUAUGACCAAAAUGCAACUGAUCAAACAGCAUGUAUUUCGAAGACAGGCUGCACUUGCUGCCUCCAGGUCCACAAAUAUAAUUGCCCCAGACCGUACUCCUCAGGUGGUGCUCGGUAAUUUUUGCAAAAUAUCCGGUGAACUAGAGCUCAUCCUCAAAAGAGAUAGUGUUCGGAGCUUCCUCAGGCUGUAUAAGGAAAAUGUGGAUUGCAUGGCUUGGGGUUAUAUCAUCACCCCUCAAACAUUAAACUUGAUUAUUGCACACAAUGCCCUGCGUUGUGCUAAGCUUGUUUUGGAGGGCAAGGCGCCUGCGUUCUGCCAGAUGCGUGCCAACCCGAACUGCAUGACCAGAUCCGGAUACUUCCCCCUCCAUCAAGCUGCUGAAAAUUUCUCUGUUGACAUGAUUAAGUUGCUGCUUCGCUAUGGCGCAUCAGCAAAUUUACGCACAUCGGGGGAAAAUUUCAUCGAGGGCUUCCUCCCUCUCCAUGUUGCCAUUGAGGACACUUGCAUGCACAAGUAUCUGGAGGAUAAUCUAUUAACUGACCAAAAGCACAAACAAGUGGAUUUUGGCUUCAUCUACAAGCUUGUCCAUCUGCUUUGUCUGCCUGAGAUGAAGAUCUUCUUGGCCACGACUAGACUGCUUGCAGACUACACAGAUAAUCUUCUUGAUGAGCUAUGGAAUUACAUUAAGGAGGGAAAGCUUGUCCAUGCAGCCAUUUUGCUCCUUGCAGCACAACGGAGAAUUCGUAGAUGUGCUUCUUCUAAUAGAAACAUCAAGCAUAACCCGAGUGGGUUUACUAUUAUCAAGGAUCGUAUCAUGGGAUUCAUUGUUUCCAUAGAAACAGAAGGGCCUGGAUUAACAAGCGGUAGAAAUAGCAAGGCAUAUAGGCAGCUGGAGGAGAAGCGGAUGUUGUUCUGUAAUGCAUUGGUGCUUAAUUCUAUGAUUUCUGAAGCUGGUGAAGCUCUUGAUGAAUAUAUCCAGACUCAUUCAGAGGUAUCUCACAGGGAGAUCCUUGAAAGUGUUUCAUCAAUUCUCAAGGAUCAUGGUUUCGAUUCUGCUGGAAAAGGAAUAAACAUAGGAGAGCUGAAAUGCUGCCCCUAUGACUGCGAAGAGCCGGAUAGUCUGCUAAAGUCCAAGCAUGAAAAAUAUUUCAUGACCGAGGCAGGUGGAGAAUCUCCUAAUCUGAAUGUUGAAGCUAAAAAUGCUGUAGGAUAUAAACCACCAAGUAGAUGGGAACUUCAGAAAACAAAGGAUAUGUUCUUCCCAAUUUGGAGAUCAGUGUUAAGAUCUCGCUGUACAGUAAAAGUGUUCCCAAGCUAUGCACCCAUGAAGGACUAUGAGCAAUUUAUGCCAAAGCUUUCUACAGGCGGUAGUUCUGAAAAUAAAUUGAAGGAUAAAGGGUCUUUUCCAGUUCAUGUUGGUUUGUUCGGGAAAAACUCACAACUAACAAGCAUCCAUCAAUCCAGAAGGUUAUUUGGUACUGCUGCAUUUACACUACUGAAGAUGAAGCGUGCAUGAGUUGGAAGGUAUGGUGCCCUCCUGAUUUGUGGAGUAGGACCAUACUAUCUUGCCCUUGGUUUGCCUGGCUUUGUUCUGUACCGGAUGUGUGUCGUUCUGACAGAGACCUGAUAACGUGUUAUUGUACUGCAGUAUUAUAUGCCAGGGCCGACGUUGGCUGAACAAAUGUUGUGUUCAUGUAAUUAAGUUAUUAAUUCAGUCGCCAUGUUCAUAUUCAUAGCAAGUUUUAUCAGACGUGGAUUGCAUGUAUAAUUGUCUCGGUUAGUUCAUUCUUAACUGUCUCGGUUAA